GCUCAGAUGGACAUUGACGGCGUGGUCGGUUUAGCUCGAGCACGCGGGGCUCGCCUGUGUGCAGCAUUCCGUGAGUUUGAUGCCCAACGGACCGGCGUCAUCCACAGAACAUAUCUGGAGGCCCUGAUCCAUUUGUCAUUGGCACGAGAAUUGUCCACAGCAGAGAGCCAGCAGCUGUCCAACUUCCUAGACAAAGUCACGGACAAACAAGAAAACGUGGAGUACGAGUCUUUUGUGCAGUGGUUGUAUGCGCCGGAUUCAAAGCUGUCCGAACUGGUGCUAUCGCGUCCGUUGAAGAGUACCACGCCUUUGGACCCUAGGCCGUUGAGUGGGAGGACGUUGGCGCGGAUCGUUCGCCACAAGGCAGCUUCGCGCCCGGAACCAAGCCGUCGUGGAAGGUCACAAGAUGGAAAGGGUGGCAGCCCGAAUGAUCCUCGGCGAGGUGCGAUGGACCCUCCCAGGAUGGAAUCUGCUUGGCCAAGCAUGGGGAUUGCUCGUCUCAGCAGCUUCGUGGAGAGGGGUAUAGUGCAAGGGCCACAAGAUCUUGGCAUGCCGCAGAGCAAGAUGCAGCCGCGAUACAAUUUCCCUCGCUCAAGAACGAGAUCUUCCCAAGGGUAUCGAACUCGGCCCCGGACUCCGGGUAAGGUAUCGACCCCAGCAACAGAAGCUCCAUCAGUCGAGUCUGGAGGGUACUCCGGCAGUGGGUGGGUCAGCCCAGAGGAGCUCCCCCGCACACCGGCACCACUCCUCCCUGACUUGAACGAACGUCCUCGGCAGCGAGCCUCAUCACAGGGCCAGAGACCAGGCUUUGACGUCGAGCGUUCCAUGCACAGGCCGGAGGAGCGGCGCAUCGAACUGAGAAGGCAGGAGCUGCUGCAAGAGAAUCAGCAUCAGCAGGAGAUGCAAGAGUACCACUACCGCUGCCAGAAGCUGGAGCGGGAGCAAGCAAUGAAAAAAGAAGAUGUGUGGGAGGCAUGGACACCAUCUCAGCCCGCCCGAGUGGUGGCACUGGCGCAGGCGCCGCCUGGUGCGGCACCUGCUCGGCGAUCCAGUGCGACUGAGCGCUAUGAGCAGCAGCUGCAACAGGAACUUGCACGUCAGCAGCAGCUAGAGUUGGAGUUACAGGGCGAUGGUGCUGCCUCGCUCCAGUGGUUGCAGCGGCAGCAGCUGCGGAGGCGCCAGGACGAGGACCAACUGCUGCAGCAGCAACGCAACCAGGUUCGCCUUCAGCAGGAGCAAGCAGACCUGGCUUUACAGCGCAGGCAGCAAGAGGCCGAGACUUCUCGUCAGCGACUGCUCAACCAGCAGCGGGUCCGUGAUGAGGUGUUGAGGCAUCAGCAGAGGCGGCAACCGCUCCUGCAAGACGUGUCUCCAGCACCGGCUGUGGACCGCGCAGCCUCGCCGCAGCCGGUAGCUCCACUGUCGCCCACAGCGCUGCAGCACCUUCCAGCGCAAACUGCUUGGCAAGAUUUGUCGGAGGAGAAGAAUUGUGGCGCCAAUCCCCAAGAGGCCCAAGGCUCCAUCCAGGACGAAGAGGCAGUUUGCAAAGCGGAUCAUGCAGAAUUCGUGACCUACCAGGAGUUUUCCAGCCGUCAGCCUGAGGCGCCGCGCGCGGCACGUCUGCCACUCCGCCGGGCAUGCCACGAACCAAGGGACCUGGAGGAGCAUGAGCGCCAGCAGAUGUACAUUGAUGAGGAGCGCCUGCAGGAAAUGGAACAAUGGAGGCAGCAGCUCGCACGGGGCAGCGCUUUGGACAACCACGCAGUGGAGGUUUGGCACCAUCAGCUCUUGAACGGCGGGGCCUGCACGGACCAGCUCCAGAAGGAGGAAGAGGCUGCCAAGCGAGCAGAAGAGGAGCGGCUGGCCAAGGCCAAGGAAGCUGCAGACGCUGCCAGGCAAGCAGAAGUGAAGCGGCUGGCCAAGGAAGCUGCAGAGGCAGAGGCUGCCAAAGCAGCGGAAACGGAGCGACUGGCCAAGGAAGCUGCAGAG